UGUGGAUUUGGUUUAUUGCUUAUAUUAAUUGGGUUCCCAAAUUACAUGAGAAUUCACACAUCUGCAUGCAAGGCACAGUGGGACCCUACCAAUUGGCUCUAAUUGGUAAAUAAAGUUGCCAGGCUGCCAAUGGCUGGGCAGGGAGACUGAGGUGGGACUUUAAAUAAGAGUUUCUGGGCAAGGGAACCAUGGGGAAAAGAGGGAUUUUUAGAAUCGCCAUGCUGGGGAAGCAGGAGGAUCAGUCUUGAGAGCUGUAGGAGAGAAAGCAUACGGCCAUGUAAGAGCUGAGGAUGAGUGGCCCCAGGGGGCCCUCCCCAAAUAGUGUCUGGGGUAGCAAAGAUGGAAUAUAGAUUUUAGUAAAUGAUAAAUUCAGGAGUCUCAGAGGGUAGGUGUUAGCAAUGUGGAAGGUUGGGAGGGGCCCAGCUGUUGGGCUGCUUAGGGCAUAUUAAAAAUAAGGCUGCAUGUGUGUGUCUUUUAUUCAAGAAUCCACAUGGAGCCGGGGCAGUGGUGGCGCACGACUUUGAUCCCAGCACUUGGGAGGCAGAGGCAGGCAGAUUUCUGAGUUUGAGGCCAGUCUGGUCUACAUUGAGUUCUAGAACAGCCAGAACUACACAGAGAAACCCUGUCUCAAAAAACCAAAAAAAACAAAACAAAACAAAAAAAAGAAUCUACAUGGGAUAGUCAUAAGAAGUGCUUGCCUGCUAGGGAGAUUAGAGUGAUUUGCAUACUAUCACUACACCAUGGCGUUACAUCAUACACUCCUGCUCUAAACCUUCUGCAGUGCCCUGUGGACCACAGAUCAAUCCUUUCAAUAACUACAUACGACUUCCAGCUGCCUCUCCACGCAGUCUUUCCCUCAGUCUCAUUCCUGCAGAAAAUCCAAUAUCCGUGAGUCCAGACCAGGCUCAACUGUGACCCUAGCUGAAAAGUAGAUUCCAAAGUGGAUGUGGUACGAUUUGUGCAAUUUAGGGGUGGAAUCACAUAGAACAGGACUUCAAGGUCAGUUGGAGGCCAGGCAGGGAUAAUGCAUAGGACCCUAAACUAAAAAAACAAAGUAAAAAGAUUACUGGGCCACUCAGAGCCACCGGCCACAAAAUGAGAGCCCCCAGACAAUCUGCUGAUAACUUUGGUCCCAGAUGGUACAAUUCACAGGCCAACAUCCCUAAGUGCCCAGGAGCCACCAGACUUGGAAGCUGUUUUGCAGGCUGGGAUGGAUCCAAACCAGAUCUGUUGGGGGUACAGAUCUAGUGUGUCAGGAACUUGUAUCUAAGCCGACCUUGUCUACAACUCAGCCCCAAUGAGAGACCAAGGUCCCUCAGGAUCUGGUGCUCACUGUGAUCUUAACUCUUAAACAGUACGGCUACGAACAGGAGGAAUUAACAGGGUGAGCUCCAGGGAAUGUUGGACAAUUGUGGGCAAGGGGCAUGGGACCUUAGUUCCUGUUUUGGGGCACCCAACAACCUCAAAAGGUAAGAGGAGAACGAAGGAAGGAGAGAGUGGUGAGUAGAUGGACGGAGAUACUGACAGAUGAACACUGGAGUCCCUGGCAGCAAUUGGACCCAUAGUCCAAAUUCCCAGGAAGCCCUUGUUGGCUGCAACUGGCCCCGAAAGGCCUCCAGCACGUGCCAAAAAAAAAGGAGCAGGCGCCAGAAUGGCCACCAGGGGGCCAGCCGACGGUUCUAAGUACCCGUCCCGUCGGUGAGUCGGUGAGGAAGCAUCCGAGCUGGGUUGCAGAGGACUGGCCGAGGAAACUGGACUAGGCCACGGCGUGACAAAAGCGUGUCCAGCGGGGCCAGCAGAAGCCGCACAGGGGUUUCAGGGACUUUGAAUAUGUCGGGGAUCGCCCUCAGCCGCCUUGCGCAGGAAAGGAAAGCCUGGAGGAAGGACCACCCUUUUGGCUUUGUAGCUGUCCCAACAAAGAACCCUGAUGGCACAAUGAACCUGAUGAACUGGGAGUGCGCUAUCCCUGGAAAGAAGGGGACUCCAUGGGAAGGAGGCUUGUUCAAGCUACGGAUGCUUUUCAAAGAUGACUAUCCGUCCUCACCACCAAAAUGUAAAUUUGAGCCCCCACUGUUUCAUCCAAACGUGUAUCCUUCUGGCACAGUGUGCCUGUCCAUCCUGGAGGAAGACAAGGACUGGAGGCCAGCUAUCACCAUCAAACAGAUCUUAUUAGGAAUACAAGAACUUCUAAAUGAACCAAAUAUUCAAGACCCAGCUCAAGCAGAGGCCUACACAAUUUACUGCCAAAACAGAGUGGAAUAUGAGAAAAGGGUCCGAGCACAAGCGAAGAAGUUUGCCCCCUCAUAAGCAGCGGCCCUGGGCUCCAUGACGAGGAAGGGAUUGGCUUGGCAAGAACUUGUUUACAACCUUUUGCAGAUCUAAGUCGCUCCGUACAGUUACUAGUCGCCUGGGAGGGUUGAGCGGGCGCCAUUUUCCAUUUCCGCCACUGGCAUAUUCAGUCUUUUGUAUUUUUGAUUAUUAAGUAAAACUUGCUUUUAUUUUAAUAUUGAUGUCAGUAUUUCAACUGCUGUAAAGUGAUAAACUUUUGUACUUGGUAAGCCCCUAGCAGCUAGUUUCUUUGCGUCGCGCUCGGAUGCAGGCAUGCUUCCCACUGUUCAGAGCUCUGGCUUCCAUCUGGCUGUGUGACAGAACCACACUGUCCCUCCUUCCCUACCCUCGUCCUUCUCAGAAACCUGGGCUGUUGCUUAUGAGCCUCAGAUCCAAAGUUGGCCAGCAUUUCCAUCCUGCACCACUUCCUUUGUGUUUAUAUGGCGUUUCGUCUGUGUUGCUGUUUAGAGUAAAUAAACUGUUUAUAUAAAGGUUUUUGUUGCAUUAUCAUCAUUAAAAUGUGAGGAGGUAUCUAUCUCAGUACACCUGGCCCUCCUCACAUGGCUGCAGUCCUUGCCAGGCACCAAGGCUGAGCCCCAGGACCAGCACCUAGGAGGUCUCAGCUUCUGCUAGGGAUAUGCCCAGGCCCCAUGCAGCUCCAUCUUCAUCUGGUUCUUUGUAAAUAGGACUGUGUACAGGGAUGUGUUCUGUUCUCCCCACCUGGAUCUUUGGGCCUUAAGGUACCAGGCAGCGUUGAGAGCCUCAUGAAGUUGGAAUCCGCAUCCAGCCUUCGUAAACCCAGAAAGGUGAAAGACUGGCUGAUCCAGACCAAGGCUGAGGCCAGGUGAGAGCCAAGGACAAACUGGCCUGCAUUGAUCUCCCUGCCUGUUAGCUGUACAGUGGGCCCUGCUGUGGCCUGAAUGCUAGCUUCAGGCCUUUUGGUGCCCUGCCCUUGUACCUGGAAGAGGCAGCUCUGCCACCGGCCCGGGCAAACUCGGGUCCUCUAGAGCACCUGAGCACACAGCUCCUACACCUCCUGACCUGCAUUCAACUCUGCCCUACGGCCCAGGAGACCAGCCUGCUGUGGCCUCGGCACAGGAUGACCUCAGGUACUACUGUCCACAUACUCCGCUUGCUGGAGCUGGGCUGGGUGAAGCUGCUCUUGGCAGUGGCCCACCUGGGCUGGGCUGGGUCUGUGAUCUUAGGGCUUACAGAACACAGGGAGGUGCAGUGGACAUAGGCGCAGUGAUCAGUCUCCAUCAGACUUGUUCCUGAGGCCCCUGGAAGACCCCUGACAUGGGAACCAGGCACCAGUGGCUCAAGUUCAGGGACCAAUCAAGGGGUGGCCAGGUCUGCAGCCAGGAGUCUUCACUCUGGAAUUGGAGGGGCUUGUGCUCACACAGCUGGUGGCACCUGGAUGGGCUGGGUUGCCAGUGCCUUGUGGGCACGUUUAGCCGCCAGUACAGUCGGGAGCCGAGCUUGGAUGAACAGUUUGCAGCACAAGGCCUCACCUGGGGAGCUUAGGCUGGUGUGUGUGUGUAGCCUGCUCUCAGAAUGUCUUAUUUUGUAACAACUGACUACAUUUAGUAAUAGGUACACAUGUAUAUGGUUAAUAUAUGGAAAUUCAAUAUAUUUUAUAGUUAAAGUAUUCUAAAGUAACUGAUGUUUCUAGCAAACUGUAGUGACCCCAGCUAUGAAGUGUUCCUUUUGUACCACAGUCCUUGGAUUACCAGAGAUGUGAAUCUUGUAACAUAAGAAUGUGGUCUGUGACCAUCCUGUGUUAAGAGGGUGGGGUGGAGGGUAUCCCAGCAUGAAGCCUCAUUGGUAAGGAAUUGUGGGCAACAGAUUAACCACUGUAUCUACAAAUGCUCUAAUUAAAACAUUUCCACAAACUGCA